AUGCGUCCUCGUUAUUGCAUCUUCCGUCCAAAUGGUGUCGCCACACCUCUCUUUGCAAUGGAUGAGCUGCCAUCCUGGCUUCAGAUGUCGAACCCGGCUCCCGAGAUGUACAUUGGCUUGCAACCAGUUUCCCCAAACUACAUACCCCGUGAAGGUGAAUACAAUGUCAUCUGCAACAACUGCUCGAGCAGUGUGUCUUCUGUGAACCAAAGUGUUUCAGACCGGAAUGAAGACAUACAGUCUCCCCAAUCCUCUGUCAGUGUCACAGCGGAGAUUCCGGCGAGGAUCAUUCUUGAAAAGUUUCCGAUCGGGCUCACGAUUGGACAUUCAGCUCUUGAUGCAACUCAGAGUCCUGUCCUUGGAGUGUACAAUAACAACGGGCCCACGGUUAUGUCUCAGGCUGUGCCUGUGCCUGUUUCACCUUUGCCGCAGCCAGCAAGUAUUGCAUCCAGCCCGGCUUCGGAGCGCCUUGCCUCUCAGCCGAGCAAGUCCGAUGAGAACAGUCGAUCAGAUACCCCGGAAACAGCUGUGGACUCGUCGAAUAACUCUCGCUCUGGACUAUACGAUACCCAGGCAUGCUUUGCAUCAAAUCGGACAAGCAUCGCUUCUGAGCGAUCUCUCACUGCCGCUAUCGAACGGCUCAGGCAAAGACUACACUCGAAGAGAGCAUCUCGCCAGGGAAGCCUCCGUCAGAAAUUCCAUAGAGCAGUCCAAGCCAACUCGGAUUGGAAAAAGACUCCGAAACUCCUCAAAGUUCAUUCCAAAGUUCGUCGCCGUCGUCGAGCCAAGACCAAGGAGUUGAAGUUGGAGAUCUCUGAUCCAAUCGAGGAGAAAAAAGAAAAUGACCUGAAGCUAGAACAGUCAAACUCGGCCACCAAGCGACGUGCCCGUCGUGAGCGCUUGGCCCAGCGAAUACUUCAUGGUAAGAAUUAUGCGGACUGGCAUAUGACGAAGAUGCCAAAGUGA